UCAGGGAUAAAAAUUCCUGAUAAACCAUACGGUUUCUAACACCCCUUUUAAUCCCAGUGCAGAUCUUCCCACGUUUUCUGCCCUCAGAGAUCUUGGCUGGACUUUCUGCCCUGGCUCUCCAUUUCCACUCUCAGCACAGCAGAAAUGUUAUUUAUCCUGCUAACUACUUAUUCUGCUAACUACUUAUUCUGCUAACAGCACUGACACACCGAGCCCUGGUGCUGCUGGAAUGGCAAUGCCAAAGCUCCUUGGACCAUCAGGGUGGAGGUUUUGAUCUUGAAAGAAGUUUUCUUCUUGCUUCAGGCUCCCUGUGCAUCCCCAUCCCUGCUAUUCCUUCCUGCAGCUGCAAAGAAGGCAGAAAACUCUCUGUAGGUGCUCAAAACCCCUUUCCCACUCUUCACCUGCUCUCUGCUCCUUCCACCAGCUCGGAGAGAGGGGAACCACCUCCUUCAGGCACAGCUUUUCCUGGCAGUGCAGCAAAGCAGGAGCCUCAGGGCAGUUUUUUUUUCUCACUAGCGAGCUUCCCUUUCUUCCUUUAAUUUUUUAAAAUUAUUUUUUCACCCCCAACGGCCCAGGAGCUUCUGCCAGAAUGCGUUUUCCACGUGUUCCCUGUUAGUCAUGCUCUCCAAACCUCCCACCAGUGCCACUGAUGCUCACUCACUCCCCACCGGCACAAGCGCUCGGCGCAGCAAAAUUCCGGGCGGCGCUCCUAAAACCAGACCCGGCGGCUUGUUUGGAUUUAAAACCCUUUCAAGCCCUUCUCUCUGCUUUGGAGGGCGUGUGGAGCACCUUCCCAGCUUCUCCCGAGGCUGGGCCAGGCCGGGGGUCGGGCGGGGGCUGCCGGCAAAGGCGGGGUCUGAGCGCCUUAAAUAGGGAGCGGCGCUGGAGGCAGCCCUGGGGUUUUAUCCCGGGCAGGAUAAAGCUCUUUACCCACGGCAGAGGGAUUGGAGGCACGGGGAUGUCGGUGGAGGGGGGAAAGCCACGGCGAGAAGCAUCAUGUCUCUGUCAUAACUGAGCAGCCCUUAUGACCAACAUGAGCUGGAGCUUCCUCACCCGCCUGCUAGAAGAGAUUCACAAUCACUCCACCUUCGUGGGGAAGGUCUGGCUCACCGUGCUCAUCGUCUUCCGCAUCGUGCUGACGGCCGUGGGGGGCGAGUCCAUCUACUCCGAUGAGCAGAGCAAGUUCACCUGCAACACCAAGCAGCCGGGCUGCGACAACGUCUGCUACGACGCCUUCGCGCCGCUGUCGCACGUCCGCUUCUGGGUCUUCCAGAUCAUCGUGAUCUCCACGCCCUCCGUCAUGUACCUGGGCUACGCCAUCCACAGGAUCGCCCGCUCGGCCGAGGAGGAGAAGAAGUUCAAGGGGUUCAAGAAGAAGAAGCAGUUUGCCCUCAACUGGCAGGCCGUGCGCAACAUGGAGGACGCCAUGGAGGCCGACGAGGAGGAGCCCAUGAUCUCGGACGACGCGGCCGAGCACGAGAAGGCCAAGGCCAAGCCCAAGUGCAAGGAGCAGCAGAAGCACGACGGGAGGAGGCGCAUCCAGCAGGAGGGACUGAUGAAAAUCUACGUCUUCCAGCUCCUCACCCGGGCCUCCUUCGAGGUUUGCUUUUUGAUAGGGCAGUAUUUGCUCUACGGUUUCGAGGUGGAAGCUUACUACGUCUGCAACAGGGUCCCUUGUCCCCACACCGUGGACUGCUUCGUGUCCCGGCCCACGGAGAAGACCAUCUUCCUGCUGGUGAUGUACGUGGUGAGCUGCCUGUGCCUGCUGCUGAACAUGUGCGAGAUGUUCCACCUGGGCUUCGGCACCAUCCGCGACGCCAUCCGCAACCGGAAAAUCAACAGCUUCCGGCAGCCCCCCUACAACUACGCCUACCCCAAGAACAUCUCCUGCCCUCCCGAGUACAACCUGGUCGUCAAAUCCGAGAAGUCCACCAAGAUCCCCAACAGCCUGAUGGCCCACGAGCAGAACUUGGCCAACGUGGCUCAGGAGCAGCAGUGCACCAGCCCCGACGAGAACCUGCCGGCGGAUCUGUCCACGCUGCACAAGCACCUGCGGGUGGCCCAGGAGCAGCUGGACAUCGCCUUCCAGAGCUACAGCAGCACCCAGGCCAACACGCAGCCCUCUCGGACCAGCAGCCCCGCCUCGGGGGGCACCGUGGUGGAGCAGAACAGGGCCAACACCGCCCAGGAGAAACAAGGUGCUAAACCCAAGGCCUCGCUGGAGAAAGGCAGCUCCAGCAGUAAAGAUGGGAAGACGUCCGUGUGGAUAUAACUCUGUGAGGAAGGAGAGAGGGCGGCGUGAGAGGGGUUUUUGUUUUGGUUCGUUUCUGGUUUUCGGUGUUAUCUCGCGUUUGUUUGGCAGGGCACGUUUUUUGUGUGGAAGUCAAGAGAGUAAAAGGAGUUUCGGACCAAUUUAGUGCUGUCUUCCAGUUAACAAAAGACAUUUCUUCCCCUGUUUCCACUUCCUGAGUGACAGGGACCUCCAGAGAGUAACAGCAAACCCACCCCACCUCCCAGCCCCUGGCUCAGCGCCGCAGCCCCCAGCAGAGACUGGACAGUGUGCCGUGGUGGGAAGAGGAGGGAAAAGUCAGGCUGGCAGGGAUCAGCCACCCUCCUGCAUGGCAAGGCUGGAGUGCUGCAGGCCAGGCAGUGUUUAAUUACUAAACGCCCUUAACCAAAUUAAUUCCCGAUCCUUUGGUAAGAAAACCGCUGACAUGUUGCAGGGACCUUGGUGGCAGGCUCACAGCUGAUGGCCUGAUGCCAGGGGAGGCCUCGUUGGAUGCUGUGAGCCAGAGCUGGCACCCAGGUCAGGUCUGGGGUGACUGCCUCACACAGGGAGACCUAAAACCAGCACAGGGCUGAAGGUUUCAUCUUUCCUUCCUCUGCUCCAAACCCUCUGGAGCAGGAGCGAGCAGUGACAUUGCAUCCUACUGGUGCCUGUGUAGCCUUGCUACAGAUGUGAUGGGAAUUGUUGCAGUUAACAGGGUUUUUAACAAACUGCUGCUUCACAUCAUCAGAAAGUGCCUUUAUGCAACCAGGAAAACAGAAGUGUAAAGGGUUUAGGUUCCUUCACUUGCUGAAUUUUAGACGAUCAGCGUCGGCAAAUUUGUUUUUCUGAUUAAUUGAGGAAAAGCGCUGUUGGCAAAUUUGUUUUUCUGAUUAAUCAAACCCUUAUAAAUAGUGGCAGGAGGAAGAUCUAUGCAUAGCGUGUCUCUGGGGGGUGUGGGUGUGUGUCCAUGUGUAGAUACAGACACUCUGAACACGUGUGUGUGAACGUAGACAUAGAGAGCUACGUGUAAAUGUAAUAUCACCCCUCUGCUCCUCUACAGCCUUCCACCUCCCCUGAGAAAACCCAGCUGCUCCAGGGCUGGGGCUGAUCUCAUCCUGGGGCUUUUACCUCCAGCUCCACCUGGAACUGGGAGAGUUCCUACACUUGCUGGGGGGGCUUUGCAGAAGGUCUGGCUUCAGUGGGGACAGGGCCUGAUGAUAGAAGGAAGGUUUUCCUGAGUUUAUGUGGAAUUUUUUCAGCUGGGCUUGACUUUUA